ACCAAUGCCUUGGUUCAUUCUGCUCCAUCACAAUGUAACCUUUCUCAAAUCUGCUCCCCAUUCUCUCUUCGCUCUCUCUCUCUCUCCUCUGUUGCAUGCUAUCUCAUGAUUAUUUUUUUCCUCGAGAAACACCAAAACAAUCAGGAUUUUGUAAAUCAUAGCUAGCAAAAUAAUUGUUUUAAGAAUUAGGACUAGAUCAAACUCCCAUUCUUUUAUUUUGUAACUUGCAAGUCAAUUCUUUUCAGUAAAUACAGAAGAAUUUCUUGAGGCCAAAAGCUGAUGAUCAUUUUUUUUUUCCGUUUGAAGCAAAAACGAUCCUUCAACGAACCAAUCUCUGUUCCUUAAUCCACACACCAAAACUGCACCAAAAACGAAAACCCCAUCUCACCAAAUACAUCAUCCAACCCAACCCCUUUCACAGGCCUCUCCUUUCUUCUCUGGAGUGGAGGGGUUUAAGAUAGGAGAAGAAACAGGGGAAGAUGGCAGAUUCAUCACUUCAUAAAAAACCCACAAGAAACAGAGGUUUCUACGUGAGGAUGAGGUUCUUAAACCAUCACAACAACGUUAAUUAUUCCAAACAUGGCGGAAGAGCUUCACAACAAUCCAUUGAAAAAAGCUUUUGUUACAGAUAUUACAAAUGGCUUCUUUGGAUUUCUCUUGCUCUUUACUUCCUCUCUUCUUUUCUCAUCACUCACAAACCAACCCCUUCUGCUCUUUCCCUCUCCACAACCACCAUUCUUCCUCGCUUAAAAGCCUCUCGUGCUCUAUUCGAAUCCACUAAUUCCACCUCAAUAGGGAAAUUUAGGGGGUUGAAGGUGUACAUAUAUGAAUUGCCCUCUAAAUACAAUACUGACUGGCUACAGGACGGAAGGUGUAGCAAUCAUUUGUUUGCCUCUGAGGUGGCUAUCCACAGAGCUUUGUUAACUAGUGAAGUCCGUACGUUUGAUCCUUGGGAGGCUGAUUUUUUCUUCGUCCCUGUAUAUGUUUCCUGCAAUUUCAGCACUGUUAAUGGCUUCCCAGCCAUCGGUCAUGCACGAAGCCUCAUCGCCUCGGCUAUUGAGGUUAUUUCCUCUGAGCUUCCGUUCUGGAAUCGUAGCCUUGGCUCUGACCACAUUUUUGUUGCAUCCCAUGAUUAUGGCGCUUGCUUUCACGCCAUGGAGGAUAGAGCUAAGGCGGACGGGAUACCUGAGUUUUUGAAAAAGUCGAUAAUAUUACAAACUUUCGGAGUCAACUAUGAUCACCCAUGUCAAGACGUGGAACGUAUCGUUAUACCUCCCUAUAUCUCGCCGAAAAGUGUACGGAAGACGCUGGACAAGUCUCCGAUCAAUGGCCGGCGGGACAUUUUUGCGUUUUUCCGGGGUAAGAUGGAGGUCCAUCCUAAGAAUGUCAGCGGCCGGUUUUACGGCAAGCGCGUGAGAACGGUGAUAUGGCGGAAAUACGGGAACGAUCGGAAGUUUUACUUAAAGAGGCAUAGGUUUGCCGGUUACCAGUCAGAGAUCGUACGGUCAACGUUCUGUUUGUGUCCGCUAGGGUGGGCCCCAUGGAGUCCGAGGCUUGUUGAAUCCGUGGCACUCGGUUGCGUGCCGGUCAUAAUAGCCGAUGGUAUCCGGUUGCCUUUCCCAGGCGCCGUGCCGUGGGCGGAUAUAUCCCUCACGGUGGCGGAGAAUGACGUGGCAGAGCUAGGACCGAUUCUGGAACACGUAGCGUCUACUAACCUAACCGCCAUACAGAGGAAACUAUGGGACCCGAGUGUUAGGAGGGCCCUGCUUUUCAACGAUCCGGUGGUGGAUGGGGAUGCCACGUGGCAGGUGCUGGAAGCCCUAUCAAGGAAGCUCGACAGGUCCCAGAAGAAGUGGAGGGUUUCGAGCGAAUGAGAGCGUAACACGUGGCGGAAUGGGUUUGGGGGCGGGGUCCAUGGACCACGGAGCCCCAUAGAUGCCAGCUAAGAGGGGCUGUGUACUCGACGUGGAUGGAAGUGAUUGUAUGAAUUGGAGACAGCUAAGGGUUUCUUGGAUUUGCCAGCUGACUCAGGGGAACAUGUGUAGAUACAGGUCGAUUAUAUCUAAUGAAUAUUUGUAGGUGUGGGUCCCUAUUCCCUAUGAAGCUGAUAUGCUCUAUAAAGAAUAACCAGAUGUUGGCAAUUGUGGGGCUGUUUCUGGAGGUGGCAUCGGGCAUUGGUGGUACUAUAAUUUUUGAGGUUUGGCGCUAUUGUACAUGUGAGAAGAGGAAUGGUAGUAUUAAUC